AUGAAAUUUUUAUAUCUUUCUUUUUUCUUUUAUUUUAUAUUAUAUAUCGUAAAAUCUGAUGAUGAAACUUAUAUCAAAUUAAAUGACAAUGAAAUAAAAAAUAAAUAUAGUGUUCGUAUAUUGAAAAAAUCAACUGUAGAAUGUGGUUUAAAAUUGAAUGAUCUAGCAACAAUUCAUAUAAGGACAUUCUCUCCAGGGAUAGAUAUUAUGCCUAAUGUAUUAUCAGGUUAUAAAUUUGGUUACGCUGAACAGACAUUUAUAGUUGGGAAGCAUAAUGUUACUCCAUUAAACAAGGGUUUAAUAGGAAUGUGCGUUGGUGAAUUAAGACGUAUUGGUAUACGUAUUGGAAAUAUUGGAAAAAUAUAUUACGAAGUAACAUUAAAGGAUUACAAGAAGAAUGAUGUAAUAAACGAGGAACUCUAA